AUCUUGGUCAACAUUCAGAUAUGGAUGAUAAUGAAUGUACAUCGAAUGAUUAUAUACUUUGUCCACAUUCUCAAUUACAAUUAUGUCUUAAACAUUUGAACUAUCAUCAAGAUUUACUUCGUCAAGAUUUAUAUUAUUUAUCCGACAAAUAUAAAUCGUCAUUUAUAGAAUUUGAUACAUAUAAAACAGAACAAGAUAAACCAUUAAAAAAUAAUUUGAUAAAACAUUUUAAAAAAGUACUUAAACAAAAACAAAUAAAUAUUGAUGAUUUAAAUGAAAUGAAAAAUAAAUUAUAUGAUAUUGAAAGAGGUGUAGAAGAACUUGAUUAA